AAGGCAUCUGCUUGAGCCUUCAGUGUUGCCAGAUUGGGCCAGAUUUUCCGCCCCAUCUGGCAACCCUGACUGCAGCGUGCUGCCGACAGGUCUUGCCCAAUUUGGCAACAGUGUGUGCCGUUAUCUCCUCGGUGGCGCUAUCUCCGGAUUCUGUUGCAUACUGUGCCUGUCAAAAACUAUCUAUCGAUAUAAAAGACGACCGCAGCUGUAGGCCCACAGAGGAGAGCUAUAGCCAUGUCUUCCAGCUCCGCGAUGGCGCGCAUCCUGAUCAAAGGGGGCAAGGUGGUGAACGACGACUGCACGCAGGAGGCCGACGUGUACAUCGAGAACGGCGUGGUGCAGCAGGUGGGCCGCGAGCUGAUGAUCCCGGGGGGCGCCAAAGUGAUCGACGCGUCACGCAAGCUGGUGAUGCCCGGGGGCAUCGACACCAGCGUCCACCUGCAGGAGACCUUCAUGAACGCCGCCACCGCCGACGACUACUACAGCGGCACCAAGGCGGCACUGGCUGGCGGGACCACCAUGGUGAUCGGACACGUCCUCCCGGAGAGGAACGAGUCCCUGCUGGAGGCCUACGAGAGCUGCCGCAGCAUGGCCGACCCCAAGGCCUGCUGCGACUACGCCCUGCACGUGGGGGUCACCUGGUGGGGGCCCAAGGUCCAGGCUGAGAUGGAGAAGCUGGUGAGGGAGCACGGGGUCAACUCCUUCCAGCUCUUCAUGGCCUACAAGGACCAGUUCAUGCUGCGGGACGGCGAGCUCUUCCAGGCCCUGCAGCACUGCAAGGACAUCGGCGCCGUGGCCCGGGUCCACGCCGAGAACGGGGAGCUGGUGGCGGAGGGCACUAAGGAGACUCUGGAUCUGGGCAUCACCGGCCCUGAGGGCAUUGAGAUCAGCAGGCCUGAAGAGCUGGAGUCAGAAGCCACCCACAGGGCCAUCACCAUCGCAAAUAGAGUGCACUGCCCCAUCUACCUGGUCAAUGUCUCCAGCAUGUCCGCCGGGGAUGUUGUGGCAACAGCUAAGAUGCAGGGUAAGGUGGUCCACGGGGAGACCACUGUGGCCCACGCGGUGCUCAACGGCCUGCAGUACUACCACCAGGACUGGGCGCACGCUGCGGCGUACGUCACCGUGCCGCCCCUCCGCCUGGACCCCAACACACCCAACUACCUCAUGAGCCUGCUCGGAAACGACACGCUGAAUGUGGUGUCGUCAGACCACCGGCCGUUCACCAUCAACCAGAAGGCCAUGGGGAAGGACGACUUCACCAAGAUCCCCCAUGGGGUCCCGGGCAUCCAGGACCGCAUGAGCGUCCUCUGGGAGAGAGGAGUGGUCGGAGGUAAACUGGACGAGAACCAGUUUGUGGCGGUCACCAGCUCCAACGCUGCCAAGAUCUACAACCUCUACCCCCGGAAGGGGCGGAUCGUCCCGGGGGCCGACGCCGACAUCGUUGUCUGGGAUCCGGAGGGCUCCAAGACCAUCACCGUGGAGACCCAGGUGCAGGGGGGAGACACCAACCUGUACGAAGGCCUGCGUUGCCAUGGCGUCCCCAUCGUCACCAUCAGCCGCGGCCGUCUGGUGUACGAGAACGGCGUGUUCACGUGCGCCGAGGGCUCCGGGAAGUUCUACCCACUGCGCACCUUCCCGGACUUCCUGUACAAGAAGAUGGUGCAGAGGGAGAAGUGCACGGCCCUGAAGCCGGUGGAGAGGGAGCCGUACACGGGGGAGGUGGUGGAGGUGGUGGUCCCAGGGAGGAGGGACUUCGGCUGCUCAGACCUGGACACCCCCACCCGGCCCUGCACCCGGCACGGCGGGGUCCGGGACCUCCACGGGUCCAGCUUCAGCUUCUCCGGUGCCCAGAUUGACGACAGCCUCCCCAAGAGGUCCUCCGCCCGUAUCCUGGCGCCUCCGGGCGGCCGCUCUAGUGGGAUCUGGUAACCGCGCACUAACGCACAGGAACAGGAGAACACCACCCCAGAGACGCACCACUUCCUUGUCCUUUCAAAAUAAAAGCAAAAA